AUGGAGUCUCCUAAGCUGCCGGACUCCCCGGAGCCGAACGCUUUGCUGACGCCCCCCAAGCCUGCCACACUUGAAACUCGCCAGCAUCCCGCUCACCGUUGCCCGGCUUGUCACAAAGCCUUUGUUUCUGCAGCCGCCGUGCGCGAUCACCAUUGCCAAGCCGAGAGCAAGAGCCAGAAUUCCUGUCCCGUCUGCGGGAAAGUGUUCAAGUUCGCUUACUACCUAGCACGCCACCGUCUGACCCACGGCAGGCAAAAACCCUUCCGGUGCAAACUUUGCCAUAAAACCUUCAGCCGCUCGGCGCAUCUGGCCCGCCACAAAUGCCCCCAAGCCGCCAGUCAUUCUCCAGGGGGCACCGGCAGCUCCCAGCCCUUACAAGAGCCAGGGAAAUUCCUCCCGCAGCAGGAAGCGCACGAGAAUAAGGGAGCAGCAGCGCGGAUCUCGGCCUCCCCCAAUCAAAAGCGGGUGCUCCUGCAGGAAGAUUGGACUUUGCUGUGCCUCGCUUGCAACGAGGCGUUUGAGACGAAGGGCGAGCUGAAGGCCCACAAGUGUUUCAAAGAGGCGGCAGGCCAAGAUGACCCAGACGAUCCAGAAGGGCCCAAGCAGCACCAGUGCGGCGUGUGCCACAAGAACUUUGCCCGCCCGUGGUCGUUGUCGCGGCACUACGUGGUCCAUACCGGUGAGAAGCCCUUCUCUUGCCCUGAGUGUGGCAUGGCCUUCCGCCUCGCCUCCUACCUCAGGCAGCACAGCCGGAUGCACGCGGUCAGUGGGGACUGCCCUCUGCUCGGUCAGGCCGACCCCCAGGAAGCAGAAGCGGCGCCCCCCGUGGUCCCUUCCUCUCCCCCGGGGCCGCCCCCCAAGAAGGCCUACGAAUGCAGCGUGUGCUGUAAACCCUUCAAGAGCAAAUACGACCUGGCCACGCACUUCCUCAUCCACACGGGCGCCCUGCCUUUUCAAUGCGGCCGCUGCGGGAAACGCUUCCGCCGCCUCUCCCACCUCAAGCAGCACGAUGUGACCCACACGGCCGCCCGCCCCUUCCAGUGCGUCAUGUGCCAGAAAGAGUUCAAGCGCCUGGCUGACUUGGCUCGCCACCGGCAAGUCCACGAGGGAGACAAGCCACACCAGUGCGGGGUCUGCCACAAGUUUUUCUCCCGCUCCUACAGCCUCCUGAGACACCAGCGAGGCCACUUGCCAGAAAUGGCCGCCGUCACCCGUCCCGAAGACUACCUCAGCAGUUCCUGCUUCGACAGCCAGGAUCACUCGGCCUUCCUGACCCACCAGGAGGGGGAGGAUGAAGAUGAGGGGGAGGACGGGGUGGGAAGCUCCACGUAG